AUGCCGACCAGCGCUCCCAGUACGAGGAUCACCCCUGCAGCCGGCAGACCUGAUAACAUCCCAGUCUACGAGCCCAACAUCCCUGAGCCCACCUGCAGAGCUGAUCUCCUAAAAUACUGGGUCAAAUGUUCCCUGGAUGACAAGACGGCCAAUAAGAUGCUGUGGGUCACAGAGGGUGGAUCCAAGGUGUCACGCAGGACUGAUGAUGUCACUUGUCCCGUCCUAGACAGACCGGAGAGAUACGAGCACGCCCCCCAGGUUCUUUGCAAAGAAAGCAUCCUGGGCUUCAGAGGUUACUGGGAAGUCAAGUAUUCAGGAUGGGUGGUUGUCGGAGUGGCCUAUGAAGGGGCCGGGAGGAGGGGAAACGACGGACCCUGCGGGCUGGGGGAGAACGAGAACUCCUGGGGAUUCGGGUGGGCGGGAUCCCAUUACCAGAUGUGGUUCAAUGGCAAUAACUUAGAUAUAUGUGACAUUCCCCAGUGCACCACCAUCGGGAUAUACCUCGACCAUCCGGCUGGUGUCAUCAAUUUUUACGCAGUGGAGGAGGUGAAGGAGGGAGAGGAGGGCGAAGGCAAGAGGAAGAUCAGACUGCUGCAAAAGAUUAAAGGCUCCUUCAAGGGGAGGAUGGUGCCAGGUUUGUGGGUCGGACAAAAGUCAUCAUGUACGUUUGUACCAAAGGAGGAGUAA